CUCAAACUAUAGCGCUAAAACACCCCCUCCCGUCCCGCACCGACGUCGACGGAGACGUGUCACUGGCGGCGUUGAGAAGACAGAAGACUUCAGACCUUCUAGAUUUUUUCCCGGCCGCAAUGGAUCUCUGGGAGAGGGCCCGGGCCUUCGCCGGCGAGGCGGCGAAUUGGUCGCAGGAGCUCUCCGCGGAGGCGACCAAGCGCUCGUCUGCGCUGGUCUCGGAGACGGCGAAGAAGUCGAAGGAGAUCUUUUCCGAGACCGCCUCCAAGUCGCUGGAGAUCGCCGCCGAGGCAACCAAGCAGGCCGACCUCCUGGCCGGCCAGAUCAAGCACCUCGCCUCCGACAUCCCCGUACCCUCGAUCCCACCCAUCCCCGCGAUCCCACCUAUCGCCGCCACUGCCUCGUCGGAGCCCGACGCGGCCGAGCUUGAGCGCUACGGCAUCACCGACGACCUCCGCGAGUUCGUCAAGGACAUGACCAUAAGCACCUUCCGCGACUUCCCACUGCAAGAUGAGCCUGAAAUGUCUGAUGUGCCAACGGUGUCGAAUGUGCGUCAGGAUCUGAGCGAAUGGCAGGCCAGGCACGCCACACUUGUCCUCUCGGCAGUCAAGGAAAUAUCGAAGUUCAGAUAUGAGCUAUGCCCAAGAUACAUGAAAGAGCGCAAAUUCUGGCGGGUAUAUUUUUUGCUAGUAAACAGCUAUAUAGCCCCGUUCGAGAAGAAAUCCUUGGAGGAGCUGAAAGUGAAAGCAGAGGAAGAGAAAAGGGAUUCCCAGAAGCAAGCAUCCCAGGCAUCUACAACUUUCGAACCCAAAGACACAAAAGCGCCAAUCAAGACCUCUUCAACAAAUCCAGAACAUGAUCUGGAUGUAUUUCUUCUGGGAGAUCUGGGUAGCGACGAUGAGGGACCUGUUGAUGAUGAUGAUGACCUAGAUGAGGACUUCGAUAAGAUUGAUGUGACCACGGAUGUGGAGUUGCAGGGUGAUCCUAUAGCUAUCAAAAUGUAGCAUCGUUGUUUUCCAUGGAAUCUGUACGCGUUAUUUUUCAUGCUACGGGAUUGGAAAGUGAUGACGAUGACAAAAAAAUAGCAACAGGGAAAGCAGAAGAUGCGAAGUAGUAGCCUAUGGUUUUACGAUUCGACAGAUGACCACAAUGAUAGCGAACUUUAGUAUUCCAAGAUGGUAUUGUAUAUUAGUUGAUCGCAUGUCAUCAAUUCAUUUGUUAUCACCCAGAAAAGGAUGUUAAACACUUGUUUUUUUUACAACUUUCGAUUUUUAACUAAACUCACACAUCUUAUCGAUGUUGUGACUCCUCUUUUCUUAUUAGGAGUUUUCUGCAUAUGUACUAGUCUAUCUAUUGAAUUGAACUUCAGUACGACUACUCGAGGCUACAAUUUACAUGAAAUACCGGUGUGUGAAGAAUAGAAGAUAAUACAUUUAA